CCCCCGGUGCCCUUACUCAACAUAAAAGGAUUCACACAGGGGAGAAACCCUAUAAGUGCUUGGAGUGUGGAGUAAGCUUUAGCAGAAGCGGUACCCUAACUUUGCAUAAUAGGAUGCAUAAAGGGGAGAAACCUUAUAAAUGCCUGCAUUGUGGAAAGAAUUUCAGUCGAAAAGGUCAUCUUAAGUCACACGAGAGGAUCCAUACGGGAGAAAAACCAUUUCAAUGCAUGGAGUGUGGAAAGAACUUCUAUUGCUCUGCACACCUUACUGCCCAUCACAGAAUCCACACAGGGGAGAAGCCCUUUCAGUGCUUGCAGUGUGGAAAAUGCUUUGCUAGUUCUGGUGGCUUUCAUGCCCACAGACGGACCCACACAGGGGAGAAACCAUACAAAUGCCUGGAGUGUGGAAAGAGCUUCAGUAAACCCAGCCACCUAACUUCCCAUAGAAGAAUCCACAGUGGAGAGAGACCGUAUGAGUGUACCGAGUGUGGGAAGCGCUUCAAUCAAACAAGCCAUCUUAAUAUUCAUAAGAGGAUCCACACAGGGGAAAAGCCCUAUAAGUGCACCGAAUGUGGCAAAUGGUUCAUCGACUCGGGGGCUCUCACUCACCAUAAAUGGACCCACACUGGAGAGAAACCAUUUGGAUGCAAAGAAUGUGGAAAAAGCUUCAGUCGCAAAAGAGCUUUCAUAAUACAUUACAGAAUCCACACUGGGGAGAAACCAUACAAAUGCACCACAUGUGGAAAGAGCUUCAGUGAUUCUCAAGAGCUUGUUUCCCAUGAAAGAAUCCACACUGGGGAAAAACCCUAUAAAUGUGUGGUAUGUGGAAAGGGCUGUAGGACCACCAGUGACCUUAGUUCCCAUAAGCGGACCCACACACUUGAAAAGCCCUAUCAGUGUGGUGAAUGUGGAAAGUCCUUUAGUCGAAACAGUUCCCUUAAUAGCCAUAGAAGAAUGCACUCAGGAGACAAACCAUAUAAAUGUAUGGAGUGUGGAAAGUGCUAUACACAUAGCAGUGCUCUUAAUUACCAUAGGAGGAUACAUACAGGUGAGAAACCACAUAAAUACAUUCCCAUGGCCUUGUCUUCAUCUCCCGGAACCUCAGGUCUUUGUAGUGGAGGAUUAACAGCAGUUGAGCUUCCAAUGCAGAAACUGAGUUUAAAAUUCCGGCGAAUAGUUUGGAAGUGGGAAGCCAAAUGGAAACGCCAGAUUUCCCCCUUUUUAUCUCUUAUUCCUUCUCCAGGUGAAUCUUUGAGGCGUACCGAUAAAGCCACCGAUCUGCCAGACGUUGCAGGAGAAAGCACCAACGGGGUAGUGACGGGAAUCUCGGAGCUGAAGGAUUCCCCGAAUGGCGAGCUCCAAGAUGUUCCCAGAAUUUGGCAGGGAUUUGAAGGGGAAGCAGAGAAGAACAUCGGGAAGGUGGUUCGUUGCAAAGGCAUUGAGCUCAUCGGAGAAAGCACAAAUCUGAAGAAAGUCCGUCGAGUGAACAGUGAGGCUGUCGGAGUAGCCGACGAUAACGCAGAUAUCAUCGAAUUUCAGGUCACCCACACAGGGAACAUGCCUUAUAAAUGUCCGGAUUGUGGGAAGAGUUUUAAUUACAGCACCAGCUUGGUCAGACACCAGAGAAUCCAUACCGGAGAAAAACCAUACAAAUGUUUGGAUUGCGGCAAAUGUUUCUGCCAGAGCUCAGGCCUCACAAUUCACCAGAGGAUCCACGCAGGGGAGAAGGCCUACCAGUGCUUGGAUUGCGGGAAGAGUUUCCGCGUGAAGUCGCACUUAAUCAGGCAUUCCAUCAUCCACAAAGGAGAGAAGCCGUACAAGUGCCCGGAAUGCGGCGUCAGCUUCUGCGAACGAUCGGAGCUUCGGAUACACCAGAGGAUCCACACGGGAGAAAAACCCUAUCACUGUGCCGACUGCGGGAAAAACUUUUGCCGGAAAGCGGAUCUGACGCUCCAUCAGAGAAUCCACACGGGGGAAAUGCCUUACACAUGCUUGGAAUGCGGGAAAGGGUUUCGCUGGAGCUCCAAUCUCAUCACGCACCGGAAAACCCACACUGGAGUGAAGCCGUUCGAAUGCGCCGAGUGCGGGAAGAGUUACUACUCCAACAUGAGCCUCGUCCGACAUCAGCGGGUCCAUACCGGAGGCACCCCGUACAUCUGUUCGGACUGCGGGAAAAGUUUCUGCGACAGCACCAGCCUCACCCGGCACCAGAAGAUCCACACGGGGGAAAAACCAUACGCCUGUCUGGAGUGUGGGAAAAGCUUCAACCGUAACUCCAACCUCAUUUCCCACCAGAGGACUCACACGGGGGCCAAGCCGUUCCUGUGUACUGACUGUGGGAAGAACUUCCGGUCGAAAUCGGAACUUCACCGGCAUUACACGGUUCACGCAGGAGAGAAAAAUGUCAACAUUUUGACGGGGGACACUCAGGAGGGUCCUGCUCACGAGAAAACAACCAGCGAACUGGGACUCAGGAAUGAAUAG